AUGGCGGGGGAGAAGGUGGCGGCUUCGCACAAGGCGACAUCUCCAUAUGCUGGUGAAUCUAGAUCUAUUCGGCCAGUGACGAUUAAACAAUUAAACGAUGCCACGCAGCCAUUUCCAGACACCAACUUCAAGAUAGAUAACGCCGACAUCAAUCAAGUAUCUUUCGUGGGGCAGGUUCGAAAUGUCAACAAGCUGGCAACGCACAUCACAUACAAGCUGGACGACGGCACUGGCGAGACAGACGUGAAAUAUUUCAUCCCCCCAGAGGAGAAGGAAGCAUUUGAUGAACUUGAGGCCAUGGAUGUUAUGGCUAUGGACGGGCCUGGCAGUGGUGCCGGUGCUGCUGGUGUGACAAACAAGUCAGGUCGACCAAGAGCCUCCCAGAUAACGACAAACGGAUACGCAAAGGUAUUUGCAAAUGUAAAGACAUUCAAUGAUCGACGGCAGGUUAAUGCGGUGUUAAUCCGCCCCGUAACAAGUAUGAAUGAGUACCAUGUUCAUUUUCUCGAAGCGACUGCAGUGCAUCUAUAUUUCACCAAGGGCCCACCCCCGAAAGCUGGCGGGUCUGGGGCAGGCGCCGGAAUUGGGGGUGGUCCGAAGGAUAUGAGUGGCAGCAACAUCUCUUUACCGCGAAUGUCGCCGACGGCGCGGAAGCUGUACGACGCUCUCGACAAAAGCAGGCAGACCAAUGAAGGAAUGCAUGUGAACGUCCUGGCUCCGAUCUUGCAGGUGAACGUGAAUGAAGUUUACAAGGCUGCCGAGGAGCUGCUAGGUCUCAGCAUAAUAUACCACACAGUGGACGAGGACACCUGGAAGAUUCUCGACUGUUGA